AUGGCUGCUAUUCUCGCCAACUCCGCCCGCGUUGCCCUCCGCUCGGGAGCUUCGGCCUCCUCCAAGGCCGGUGCUGCGGGCUUGACCUUUGUCCGCGGCAAGGCUACUUUGCCCGAUCUGACCUACGACUAUGGCGCCCUGGAGCCCUCCAUCAACGGCAAGAUUAUGGAGCUGCACCACAAGAAUCACCACAACACCUAUGUCACCAGCUACAACACCGCUAUUGAGCAGCUCCAGGAGGCUCAGCACAAGGGUGACAUCGCCGCCCAGAUUGCCCUGAAGCCCGCAAUCAACUUCCACGGCGGUGGCCACCUGAACCACACCCUCUUCUGGGAGAACUUGGCUCCCAAGAGCGCUGGUGGUGGUGAGCCCCCAUCCGGUGCUCUGUCCCAGGCUAUCAACUCCACCUACGGUAGCUUGGAGGAGUUCCAGAAGAAGAUGAACACUGCUCUGGCUGGCAUCCAGGGUAGCGGCUGGGCUUGGCUUGUCAAGGACAAGCAGACCGGUCAGAUCGGUAUCCGCACCUACGCUAACCAGGAUCCCGUUGUCGGCCAGUUCGAGCCUCUCCUUGGUAUUGACGCCUGGGAGCACGCCUACUACUUGCAAUACCAGAACCGCAAGGCCGAGUACUUCAGCGCCAUCUGGGACGUGAUCAACUGGAAGACCGUUGAGAAGCGCUUCUCGUAA